AUGGGUCGCAAGGCGGCACCGCAGCCGCUGGCGCUUCCGUCUCAGUCGUCGUCUCCGUCUCAGUCUCAAUCUGACGCCGCUGCUUCACGCAAUAACAAGGGCGACCCGCCAGCUGCUGAAACGACUUCCCCAGGCGUGUCUCCGGCCGAGUCCAGAUCGCCCCGGUCCCCCCGCUCCUCUCCUUUCCACAGUCGAUUCUCGCCCUUGAGGAACCAAGGCGUCAAGAACCGGAAAGUGUCACAAUCAACUGCAGCUCUGGCGGCUGUGACGGCAACCGGUACUUCAUCGUCAUCGUCAGCAGCGGCAACAGCAACAGCCACAGCACAGCCCUCGCCAACCACAGCCGCUGUCGCUGUCGCUAUCGAGAGGAGCAGAGAGGAGCCCUCCUCCCAGAAGCAGUCCUUCAGGCAUACGCGCGAGGAUCCUCCUUCGACAUAUCCCUCCAUCUCAUCUACCUUGAACGAGCAACCUCCCCCUCCUCCACUCUCCAAUCCCCAGACCACCUCGCGACCCGACCCGCCGCAGCGGCCCAUGACAAGCGACCCCAAGAAGGGAUCCAAGAACGGCUUCUUUCACUUCAAUAAGCAGUCCAAGGCCACCAACCAGUAUCAGCCGCAUGGCCACCACCACAAUAACAACAACAGCAACAACAGCAACAGCAACCGCAACCCCACAGAGACGAGAGCACAGAUAAUGUCGAGGGGCAGCGACGGAUCUAGCCGACCGAGACACGGAGGAGAUCCAUGCUACUCCGACCACUCCCUACACAAACCCGUCUCUGCCGAUCCUUUGCGAAGCGACCUAUCUUUGUCAUCUGCCGGCGACCUUGACACUGCAUCACCGCAGUCAUCCACAAAGAAGGCCAAGACAAAGCCCUUUGGCAUCUUGAACCGCAGCAGAUCCAAUCGCGACAAGGAAGACGCCAGCCCCGAGCUGAACCCCGUUCCAUCACCUCGACAAGGCAACGAGCCCGAGCUGUACCUCAACUCUGUUCCACUAAAGACCGCUCCUCUGGGGCCCGACCGAUCGUUUAGAGACAUGAUGAGCUCCGCCGUCCGGAAUCGAUCCGAAGAUCGCGCGCCGAGAGACUCGUCCUCGACGAGGAGAGGCCACCGUGAAAAGGAAUCAAAGACUCAGCCCUCUUCCUUGAACGAGAAUGGAGGUUCAAACUUCCUCAAUGGGCUGAAGAGCUCCGGUACACGUGCAGCCGGUAUGCUGAGUGACCGUUUGUUUGGCGGAAAAGGUGGGCGUGGGAGGGACUCGGACCGAGAUGCAGUGGAUGACGAACACUACCAACUCAAAGUUAUCAACCUGCCGUUGGUCGAGCAGACCCGGUUGACCAGGAUCUCUAAGCGACUCGAGGACUCUAGGGAUAAGACCGAGUUCUGGAUGCCUGCCUUUCCUUGGAGGGCAAUUGACUACUUGAACUACAAGGGAUGUGAGGUGGAAGGUUUGUACCGUGUCCCGGGAAGCGGGCCGCAGAUCAAGAAGUGGCAGCGAAAGUUUGAUGAGCGGUAUGACGUUAACCUCUUUGACGAGCGAGACUUGUACGACAUCAAUAUCAUCGGCUCGAUGCUAAAGGCCUGGCUUAGAGAACUGCCCGACGAGCUGUUCCCCAAGGCAGCCCAAGACCGGAUAGCAAGGGAGUGUGCUGGGUCGGAAGAGGUGCCUGAACUGCUGAUCGAAGAACUCUCGAAUCUCUCGCCCUUCAACUACUACCUGCUCUUCGCCAUCACGUGCCACCUCAGUCUUCUCCUGGCUCACUCGGACAAGAACAAGAUGGAUUUUAGGAAUCUCUGCAUCUGCUUUCAACCAUGCAUGAAGAUCGACGCCUUCUGCUUCAAGUUCCUGGUGUGCGACUGGCGCAACUGCUGGCGAGGAUGCAAGAACGAGGCCAAAUACAUCGAAGAAGAGUACAUGCUCUUUGACCAGCCUCCUCCACGAGGCUUGGCCGAACCGCAAAAGCCUAGGCCUCAAGAGCCAGAGAUCGAACGCCAACAACUGUCGUCUUCGGACAGCAGCAAACAGUCAGGACGCAUCAGUCCCGGAGAUCAGAAGCCAAGGCUGAAAAAGAAGCAGCUCCAAAUAUCGCCAUCCAACGGAAGCGUCGUCUCGAACAAUUCGAUCAUCUCGAAUACGUCGAUCGUCUCGACUACUCUGACCCUGGAUAGCGACCGCGACCGCGACCGUGAGGUGGGCAGGGGCUCAGGGGAAAACAGGGAGAUGCGGCCAUUGUCGCCUAUCAUGCCCCUGUCACCCCUCGGCUUCUAA